AUGAUCACUCUCGACUUGGAGAAGGCCUUGGAUUCGGUGAGCAGAGAGCAUGUCUCUGACAGCAUCCGUAUGCUCGGCCUGGAGUCCGAACUUGAGCAAUUGAUGCUUAUGUUUUUGGCCGAAGGUUCCUAUGAAAUUGUGCACAAGGGGCAUUAUGGGGUUAUCUCGGGCUCUAAAGGGAUCAAGCAAGGGUCCGAGGAGGCACCUUAUGAGUGGUGUCUGACUUCCAUCAUGCUACUAGGUCGGCUGGUCAAGAUGAAGGGUCUUCGAUGGGUUCAGGAUCACAUUGUGGUAUAUGCUGACGACUUUAUUCUGAGAUGGAAGCUGCAUAGUGUCACCGACCUGCACCGGGCUCUGCAAGAGGCCGCCACAUUCAUCUCUACAUUGGAAGCUUCUGGACUUCAGGUUAGUACUGACAAAUCGGCUGCCCUCCUUGAGAUCACAGGCGGCGGUAGCUACCAAGUUCAGCAGCGCUUUGUUCCUAUGAGGCAGUCUGCAAAGGCCCUCAGUCUGCGCCCAUAG